AUGGCAUUACCCUUGUGCGAUAUCCCUGAAGAUCUCCAGCUCCGAAUCUUAUCCUUCCUCUCCCCGCCGGAGAUCUCCAGCUUCGCCUGCACGUCGAAACGCUACGCCUCGCUGUGCCGCGAAGACGGGAAAAUCUGGCACGGCAUGUGCGAUCGGAGAUGGGGCAAGAAGACGCAGAUCCAGAAAUGGGGAAACGGCGCAAUCACGUACAAGCUUCUCUACAAGACGCUCAUCGGACUAGAGAAUCUAAUCGGAUUCUGGCGACUCUGCGGCCGAGUCAAUCCCGCCGAUUCAUCGCCGCCGCUGGUUUUCUUCGAGUGGGGUUCCUCUUUCGUCUUGGGAUCUAGAGUUUUAGCCACCAAGGACGACACGUAUCAGGUGCGAAAGACGCCGUUUCUCGAGAUGGGGAUUUCGCCGGAAGGACGAUCCGAGAAUUUCCUCGAUCUCGACGGGAAUCGAAGAUCCAGUAACGAAAUUGACGAUUUUUCGAGAAGCAAUCUCGUCCCUGUGGAUGUAAAUUUCAUGGGGAACGGUCAUAUCAUGGUGGAAGAGAAUCGGUUUUCACGAGAGGAGCAGCAGAAGAGCCCGGUUGCUAAAGGAUCUAGCUCCGAUGAAAGCGAGGAUGCGACGACAUCGCCGCCGAGCUUUGUUGUCUCGGAAAUGUAUACUCAGUUGGCGAAUAAGACGACGAGCCCGGGGAGUGAUAGAAGGAGACAAAGGAAGAAGGAGAAGGAGAGGCAAGCGAGGAUCAAAUGGGAACCUGAACAUUUCAUCAAGGUUUCUGAUUUCUCGCCUACGGUUACUAAACCGUUACAAGGCUUAUGGAAGGGAUACAGUGAGGGAAGGAACAUGGAGUUGUAUCUGGUGAAGUAUGAUGAAGUUGGAGGCAUUAUAUGCAAAAAAGUGGAGGACUUGUCACUCUCGCGGCACACUUCUCCUGUGUUUUGGACGAGGAAUCACGAGUUCGUCGGAUGUCCGUUUUCGGCUGAGGAAGAGAUGAUAUUGGAUGGUCGGAUUCAUGUCACUCCUCUCCUCGGAGAAGGUCGUGAAGAGGUUGUGUCUGGAAUCCUGUACAUGUACUCUAGUUACGAUCUGGCUGGGCGGGUGUGGUUGUACGAGAACGGGACUUUUGGUUUCGGGUUUCUUCGAGAUCAGUUUAUCGUUGAUCUGAAACGUGUUGCCUUGGAAGAUGGUUGUCUGGCUGAUCUGUUAGAAGCUUGA